AUGCUCAGAGAACUGGCAGAGAUUCCGUCAAGAUACACUUUGAGAAAACCUGUUAACGAAUAUAAGAUUAUACGAGAAAAAAUUGCAGCGCAGAAAAGGGAUGUAGAGCUGUCUUUGACUGGGUUUAUGGCCAGAACGAGACUUGCGGAAACGAGAAUAUUCCAUAAAAUGGAUCAAACCAAAUACCCAAUGAUCGCUCCCGAGGACCUGCCUGUGACGUAUCUUCGAGCACUGUUUACAGAAGAAGAAUGCAGCGAUGAAUUGGAAUGGCAAGGAGAUCAAAGGAAAGACGAUGAUUCGGAUUUGAAGGAUAAAAAUGAAAACUUGAAGGACGUGCAAGAUAAUCCUUAUGUAAAACCACCAAAGAAAGCUAAGCUCCGUUAG